AUGGAGCGUGAGCUACGCCUGAAGGCGUUCAUGGAGGAGUAUGCACGAAUUGUACAGUUGUUUGACGAUAUCGUCUCCAUGAAGGAAUCGAUGGGACGUCUCGAGAAGUACAUGAUCAUAAUGGUGUGCCAAGUUCUUGUAGCUCUUAUGGCCCGUCUACAUUCCUACAUUUCCCCGCAUCCCCUGCUCCCACAUAUUCCUUCCACGAUGAUGAUGAUUCUGCUUCUUCUGAAGAUGAUGAUUCUGAAGAUCCAACAAUCACCCCAUCCAACUGGCGUCAUUCAUCUCCAACUCUCUCAAUUUGUACCCCAAUAUUAA